AUGGGUCAGCCGACGUUCAGCGCCGCUCUCGACACGCCGAAAACGAACGUCGGGGACGCGACUUUCCUUCACCGAGCGCCUGAUUUUGCCGACAUUUCCCAAGAGGCAUCCUUUCAGUCUCCGGCCAAGGAUGGAUACCUCGCCCCCCAUCUUCGAAAAGGCCUGGAUCUCCGGACCCCUCGACCGAGGGGACCCUUUGCCGAUCGACGAAACUUGCCUGCCAGCGUUGGCGGCGCCGAGUUCACGCCCAUGUUGAAAUCGGCCACGAGGAACAGUGCGCGACGUCGUGGAAAGGAGAAUGGCGGUGGCAUCCCGAACACGCCCGCCCUGUCUCGCAUCGAAGAAGAUGACAUGACUCCCGUUCCCCGCAUGGACACGUCCGUGUACCCAAACCACUCGUACGUGGACAACACAUUGCCUCAGCUUGAUAGCAGUAGCGUUGCGUCAACCCCGAUGGCAUUCCAGCCGCGUCGCUCCGAUGACAAGGGUCCUUUGCAGGACGGAAACCAGCUAUCGCUGCGUGAGCAGGAGAAUGUUAUUGAUAGGAUAGAAAAGGAAAAUUUUGGCCUAAAGCUCAAGAUACAUUUUCUCGAGGAUGCGCUUCGGAAGGCAGGCCCCGGCUUUAGCGAGGCUGCCCUGAAAGAAAACACGGAGCUCAAGGUGGACAAAGUCACGAUGCAACGGGAGCUUCAUCGGUACAAGAAGCACCUGACGUCGGCUGAACGCGAUCUAGAGACGUACCGCCAGCAAAUGCUGGAGCUACAAGACAAGGCCCAACGCAAGUCCGGCAACGAAGAUGAAGCCAUCGAACUGGACCGACUCCAGAAGACGUUGCAGGAAAGGGACGCCGACAUUGACGAACUUCAACGUCAACUAGAUCAAUCCCAGCACGACCAAGAUGAUGCGGAAAGGUUCAAGGACAACAUCGAAGACCUGGAGGCCGAGGUGCGCGAGAAAGACCGAUUGAUUACGGAGCGGGACGACGAACUUGAUGAUCUCCGCGAGAGGCUAGCCGAUGCCGAAGCCAAGGCCGACGAUUUUCAGCGAAGAAUGGACGAGCUGGAGCAGACGGACCAGCAGACUGGGGCACUGGAGCAGGCAAAGGAGACGAUUGAAUAUUUGGAGCAGAACAUUCGGCGCCUCGAGGAGGAGCUCGAUCAGGUCAAGGAAAAGUCCGAGGAUGCCGUCUCGGAGCGCGAGAGAGCCGAGAAAGACUUGGAAGAGCUCCAGGAAGAGAUGGCAAACAAAUCUGUCGUCACCAAGGGCCUGUCGCGUCAGAUCGAUGAGAAAGUCGUCCGGUUGCAAGAUGAACUAAACGCCUCUGCCAAGGAGUACGCCAUGCUGGAGAAGGAACUCGCCAGAACCAACGAAGAAAAUGCUCAACUCCAAAGUAUGGUGAAGGAGAUGCGACAGGAAAGGAACCAUGCUGAGCAAGUGACCGAGUCCGACAACGUUCGUGCUAGCAAGCUCGAGGCCGAACUAUUGAGGGUGGCCGAUGAGAGAGAUUCGCUGCAGUCUCGUCACGAUACCCUCGCGAAAAAGUCAGAAUCUCUGGAGGAUGAGGUUGCAAGGCUGGAAAGAGAGCUCGAGGAUGUUGAGCAGAGCCUAUCGCAAGAACGAGAACUCGCUCUCACCGCCGAGAAGGAUCUGCGCAACCAAUACCAAAAUGAGAUUGAACGGCUCAUGGAGGAAGUAUCGAAUUUGCAAGCCGAAAUACAAGAGAAAGACAACCUUUACGAUAACGACAGCGAAAAAUGGGAAAAUGACAAGCACGCUCUGACGUCGGAACGUGAGAGGGCCGAGGAGAAGGUUCGCGGCCUUGAAAGAACAAUCGACCGCCUUCGAGAAGCAGCAGGAAGCUUGUCCGACAAGGAGUCGAAGGUGAAGGAGGCUGUCGAGAGCGAGAUGGCGCGACAUAAGAGCGAGGAGUCAGUCAUGACCCGGCAGAUUGAUGACUUGCAGGAGGCUCUGGAGAUGCGCCAAGCGCUCCUGACGAGCCUGCGAAAUGACCUUUCGACGGCCCGGGACGAGCUUCGACAAACGCAGGUGGAUUACCAAGUCCAGGCGAACAAAGUCAUGUCGCUGGAGGAUGAGCUCGCGCUUCUUCAAUCGCAACGGAGCGGAAACGCGAACCAGGAGCUCGCGGCAGCCAAGCAUGAGCGCGACGAGCUCCGGCAUCAACUUGAGCAAAUGAUCGACGCGGCACGCGAUGAGCCUCUGGAUAACGGCUCCCGACCUCUCACGGAGUUGAAAUUCCGUCAAGAGAAACAACCUUUGGCCGAAGCAUCUCGACUGGAGAAAGUGGCGGAGGACAACCGGUCGUUGCGCGAUCAGCUCGCGAAGCUCGCUUCUGAACUCCGCUCCACCGGCACAUCCCUAGCUGAAGCGAGAGCGGAGCGCGACGAGCUUGAUGGCCAGCUUCGCCGAGCAGGCUCUCACGACGAUGACCGCCCGCAGGUAGAUCAAGAGCGAUUGGAUCUUCGAACUGCCAAGAUGAAGCUCGAUAUCGAGGUCCGACGCCUCAAGAACGAGAACAAGGCGUUGCUCGAGCAGGGUGCUGCGCUGGAGAAGACGCUUGAAGAUGAGAUGGAGAGGGCGACAAGCGAAGAGGAUCGAAUCGGCCGAGAGCUCUUGCAGCUUCAGGCAAGGAUGCGGCAAGCUUCGUCUUUGAGCAGCCACGACCUGGGCGAAGCUCGCAGAACGAUUCGAGAACUUGAGCGUCGCCUAGAGGAUCUCCAAGGUCAGCUUGCGAUUGCCCCGGGCACCAAUGACGGACACGACGAUGCCGAGCUAUCGAUGAUACGAAAGGAACUAAGUGCCUCGCGGCAAAGGGAGCUCGAAUUUCUGCGACAGGAUGCCGCUCACCGAGAUGUCGUCGAGGAUCUCAAGGGGCAAAUUGCCAAUCUCGAGCGUCGAUUGCUCGAUGAGCAGGUCCAUCAACCUCCAUCGCCAGUCACGUUGGGCCACAGGUCAGUCGGCGAUCUCGAGAGACGACUCAGUGACCUCGAAGACCAGAAGGUCGUUCUGGAAGAGGUCCUGGUGGAUGCGAGACAACAAGCCGAAGAGAUGACGGCGCAGCACGAACAGACUGUGCGGCACCUGAAGCACAAGGUACGUAAGGCAGAGAAAGAGCGCAAGGCCGUGGCAGCCUCGCGGGCGGCAGACGAUCAACAAGGUUGCCAUCUGCGGGAGAAGCAGGUUGAGAUCGAGAACCUGGAACACGACAUCCAUCGACAGCAAGAACUCAUCGAUGGCCUCGUCAUGUCUGAGGCUGCAUUGAGGCGCAAGCUCGAACGGGCCCGCAACGACCGAGCGGCCUACCGCAUGACGGCCGAGAAGCUCCAGCGCGACAUUUCCCAUCUCAAGCCUUGGGCACCGCCGUCAGCGGCUUCAGAUCGUGCUGCUCUCGUCAAGUACGGCGAAACGGACGAGGUCGUCGGCACCGUCGUCCGGGCAGCCGAGGGAGCCGAGGAGCGUCACAAGAAGGAGAUUCGUGGCAUGGUGAUGCAGAUGGAGUGGAUGCAGGCUCGGUGGGAGCGCGAAGUGUCCCUGCGGUCCGAUGCUGCGUUUGCGAAGAACUUUGUCCAGCUGCAACUCAAUGUCGCCAACGCUUGCAACAAGGCGCAGCUCCGAGAACUCGAGCACAUUCGCACCGGCAUCCUUCAAAGUCGCAAGCCUCUGGCCAUCGCCACCUCGACCAGUCUCGAUUUGAAGGCGAACGGCACGGACGGCCGAACAGUAACUUCUAUCCGGCCCUUCUUGAUCGCCGCACGCUUCGUCGCCCGAAUGGCCAUUUCAGCACGUGGCUGGGCCAAGCAAGAAGCCGUUCGGCGUGAACUUGUCAAGGUGGCAGAGGAGCAGCGUCGUGUUAAGCGGUCGAAGCGGCUCAGAGUGGUGCGCACAACGGGAAGCGAGUGCUGA